AUGCUGCACACCAAUGCUGCAGACACACCCCAGGAUGCGGUGAUGCUGCACAUCAAUGCUGCAGACGCACCCCGGGAUGCGGUGAUGCUGCACGUCAGCGCUGCAGACGCACCCCGGGAUGCAGUGAUGCUGCACACCAAUGCUGCAGACACACCCCAGGAUGCGGUGAUGCUGCACAUCAAUGCUGCAGACGCACCCCGGGAUGCGGUGAUGCUGCACGUCAGCGCUGCAGACGCACCCCGGGAUGCAGUGAUGCUGCACACCAAUGCUGCAGACACACCCCAGGAUGCGGUGAUGCUGCACAUCAAUGCUGCAGACGCACCCCGGGAUGCGGUGAUGCUGCACGUCAGCGCUGCAGACGCACCCCGGGAUGCAGUGAUGCUGCACACCAAUGCUGCAGACACACCCCAGGAUAGCCUGCUGACUGCUGUGCGCCUCUCUCCCCCCACAGCCGCGCUGAGCACAGACCCCACAGUGCUGGGCAAGUACCGCGCCGGCUUCAGUGAGUGCAUGAACGAGGUGACGCGGUUCCUUUCUACCUGCGAGGGCGUCAACACCGAGGUGCGCACCCGGCUCCUGGGCCACCUGGCAAGCUGCAUGACCCAGAUCAACGCCAUGAACUACCCUGCACCCCCUCCACCACCCCCGCUGCCACCAGCCGCUGCCUUUGGGCCACCCCUGGUUCCACCGGGCAGUGGUGCGGGGCCGCUCCCAGGCAUGCCCUGCAAGCCGGGCGCCGAUGCAGCCAAGGUGUACGGUGGCUUCCAGCUGCUGCCAGCCUCCGAUGGGCAAUUCGCCUUCCUCAUCCCCAGCACCGCCUUCGCUCCCAGCGGUGCUGUGCUGCCCCUGUACGGUGGCCCACCCACAGCUGCCACUGCCGCCUCACCGCCUGGCCCGCCACCUGGCACAGCCGAUUCUGUCUGGAGACCCUGGUGA